CCGAUGUUGAACGCUGUUGUCGCGGAACGAAAGUUGAAAGAAUCCGAUCUGUACGAAAAGUAAGAGCAGUAGAUUAAACGUACCGAGAUUUCUGCAGCAUCAGAAGAUUGUGGAAAAAAGCAGAGAGAAACUCAAGUUCAUUUGUUUAACAGUUGCGACAAAAUUGCGCUUGCCGCGUCGGUGCGUCAUAACGUGCUGUCGCAAACAGGACUUCAAACCGGCGCUCUUGAAUUUGCAAACUAGCUCAUGAAACCAGUCGCCAGUGUUUGACGAUCCGAAAGGAGUGUGUACGCGAAAACGUUGCGUCUCUAUGGAUUAAUAAAACGACUGUAUUUUGUUUGUAUGCGACUAGUGCCAGAAAAAGCGAAGGGGAGCGAAUUUCGAGAGAAACAAGUUUUCAUUCAUCCUAUUUCCGAGUGGCUGCUGCGUUUUGCAAAGCACACACACGAAAAGUGAUCGAGACACGUUCAGCGGGACGAAAUCGAAGGAGCCAUCGGAAAAUUUUUUUGCUUGUCUGUGCUACUCUGUUGAACGAUACAACGUACAUUAGGGAAGUGGUGAAAAACGGUACUCAGCAUCCGAGAGAAGAAAAAAAAAAUACAAAAAGCCGAAAAACAAGCUAUAAUUUUUCUUGGCACCUAUCGUUGUCAGCACUUACUAGCAAGAUGACCGAUGAAGUUUAUCCGAAAACCCUAUACGUGGGCAAUUUGGACCAAUCAGUAACGGAAGAUUUACUAUGUGCACUGUUCGGCCAAAUGGGUGCGGUGAAAAGUUGUAAAAUUAUACGCGAAGCCAGCAGUGACCCGUACGCGUUCAUAGAAUACACCAACCAUCAGUCGGCCCAGACUGCGCUGGCCGCUAUGAAUAAGCGGUUGUUUCUCAAAAAGGAAAUCAAAGUGAACUGGGCUACCAGCCCCGGGAACCAGCCAAAGACUGACACUAGUCAGCACUAUCACAUCUUCGUCGGUGAUCUGAGCCCGGAAAUCGAAACCGAAACGUUGCGGGAAGCGUUCGCUCCGUUUGGAGAAAUAUCGAACUGUCGGAUUGUGCGUGACCCCCAGACGCUGAAGUCGAAAGGCUACGCGUUUGUGUCGUUUGUGAAGAAAGCCGAGGCGGAGAACGCCAUACAGAUGAUGAACGGACAAUGGUUGGGCUCGCGAAGCAUCCGAACCAAUUGGUCUACGCGCAAACCGCCGGCACCCCGUGAGGCUACUAAAGGUAUCCGAAGCGGCAAGACUCCCGGAUUUGAGGAAAUUUACAAUAACACUGGACCGACCAAUACCACCGUCUACUGUGGAGGCUUCUCACCCAACACCAUUUCGGACAACCUCAUUCACAAGCACUUUAGUCAGUUUGGACAGAUACAAGAUAUCAGAGUAUUUAAGGACAAGGGAUAUGCCUUCAUCAAGUUCCUCUCGAAGGAAGCGGCCGCACGGGCGAUCGAAGGUACACAUCACAGCGAGGUUCAAGGUCACGCUGUCAAGUGCCACUGGGGUAAAGAGAAUGGCGGCGAAAUGGGAAGCAAUGGUAUACAUGCGGCGGCAGUUGCUGCCGGAAUGGUUGGGAUUGGAAUCAACAGCAUAGGCGGUAAUCCGCUACAGUCUUCGAAUACUGCAGCGGCCGCUGCCGCAGCAGCUGCAGCAGCAGCUCAACAACAUGGUGCUAACCAACAGUUGUCGCAAGCAGCCGCUGCAGGAGCUCAGUACCCCUAUUCGGCGUACGGGCAAAUGGGCUACUGGUACCCGGGCUACCCACAAAUGCAGACACAGUACAUGCAGCAAGGAUACGCGUAUCCAUACGCAUACGCUGCAGCAUCUCCACAGCAGGCGGGGACUGCUGGAUAUCGCAUGAUGCAGCCAAACAUGGCUGCUGCCGGAUGGAGCAUGCAACCAGUACCUGGCGUUGCCACGAACGGGGCCGCCGCAGCAGCAGCUGCUGCCGCUGCUGCUGCUUCCUCCCAACAACCAAUGAUGUAUGCGACAAUGCCACAGUUCCAGACGCAAUGA